GAAGAACUAAAGAUAAAAUUUUAUAAUCUUCGAGAUUUCAAUGCUUUCUUGUUUGAAAUCCAUUGAAGGACGAUUUUGGUUUUACGUAAAUUUUAAACCAGAUUUUUAAUUAAAGCUCGAAGACCAAACUCUUUCAACAUCUCCAAUGGCAGCAACAAAUCAUAGAUCUCCUCUUCUUCCCCUAAAAUCUUUUACAUCUCUUCAACCCAAACCUCUUGGCAACAUUUUCAUGCUCAAAACUCCAAAAAUUUCAGUCAACAGACCUCUAGCACUCCAAAUUACAUCUUCUUUGAAGAACAACCUGGUUUUCGAGGAUCGUUCUAAUGGUGUGAUUUGCUACAGAGACGACGAUGGAGAGAUUAUUUGCGAAGGAUAUGAUGAUGAAGAGAUUCAUAUUGAGGAAGAGAUUGAAAAAUUACCUUGUGAAAAGCCUGAUGGAAGAAGGGAUGGAGAAGUGAAGAUGGAUCGUCUUCUGCUGCAGACAAUUUGGGAGAAGCAGUUAGAAAGCAUUAAUGGUGGUGCGGGUAGUGGAAGAGGAGAGAUUCGAAUUGGAGCGAAUGGAUACAAUUUGUAGAAAUGUAAAUGGAAGUUUGAAGGUUGAGUGAAAGAGAAAAAGGGGAAAUUUGGGGUUUCAUUGUGUUCAAAUUUGUAUGAUUUUGCUUUUACAUCUCUUUUAACGACUUGAAUUAGAUUGUAAAUAUUGUAGCCUACAAUAAAUUGUAAAAACGGUAAAAUCCCCUUUGUAGUAAUCAUCUAAAUUACUUCACUUCCUUCC